AUGUCACCACAAGAAGAAUCGAUAGCCAUUCUAAAACAAUUUCUUCUUCAACAUAAUCGUACACAUGUUAAAUACAUGACGAUUGAUGGUAUCGAAAGUUUGGCUCGCAUUGUAUUGACUGAGAAUAAUUUUACUUAUAAUAAUAAAUAUUACCGACAAGUUAAAGGUGGUGCAAUGGGAUCACCAUUUAUAUUAACAUUAGCUAAUAUAUUUAUGUGGCAUUGGGAGCAAAACUACAUCGAUGAUAUUUUUUUGACAUGGAAUGAUUCCAAAGAAAAACUUAAUCGGGUGUUACAAGAUGCUAAUGGUUACCAUCCAAAUAUUAAAUUAACCCAUGAAAUUGGUAAUUCUAUUUCUUUUCUUGAUGUUCAAAUAAGUAAUAAAAAUGGAAAUCAUAUUACAUCGGUUCAUCACAAAGAAGCAGCUGAGCCUUAUGUUGUACCAUUCAAAUCUGAUCAUCCACGUCAUAUAUUUGUCAACAUUAUUCGAUGUGCUCUUCUUCGAGCAUUUCGUUACUCACCAACAUUGAAACAAUUUAAUUAUGAACGACGAGCUAUUAAAUUAAUGUUGCUCUAUAAUGGGUACAGUAUUAAUUCAUACACGUAA